AUGGCAUCUAGAGGUACCACUGGAAGAACAAAUUCACCUGACAUGAAACAUGAAACAUUAUGUCUGGUUAAGAGGCAUUUCGUCGAACACCCUCCUGGCGUCCAGGGGGAGCUCGAACUUGAAGUACAUGUCCUCGACGGCGGAGGCGACGUAGACGUCGAGGAUGAGGCCGGCCUUGAGGGAGAGGCAGUGGAUCUGGGAGGCGACGAGGGGGUCGGGGAGGGAGGCAGAGGCCUUGAGGGCGGAGGGGAGAGUGAAGUCGUAGGGGCGGGCGAGGGAGCGGAGCAUGGAGCGGAAGACGGAGAGGGAGAGGAGGGGGCUGGAGUUCUGGGAGGCGCCGGAGAUGAGGGCGGUGAAGUAGGGGACGGAGGGGGAGGGCUCGAGGGAGAGGAGGCGGAGGGCGGGGAAGGGGAGGUCGAGCUUCGAGUAGAAGUUGAUGAGGUUGCCGGUCGAGAGGAAGGGCGGGAGGAGGCGGGGGAAGAGGGACUUGAGACCGACGGCGUGUGCGGAGCGGCCGAGGAGAGAGGAGCGGGUGGAGAUGGCCCGAUCGAUUUAUGCUUCUUUAGAAUAAAAUUUCGGUGUUGGGGGAAAGAUGAGCGACGAAAUUUGGGGGGGAAAAGGGGGCGGCGAAAUUUUGGUGGGUUAAUUUUUUUUUAA